AAAUCGUGUAAAUACUGGAACUGUUUAUUUACACUUGGAUUCCAGAAACUCGGUUAUUUUUUCAAUAAUUAGUUUUUCAAAUUUUUUCAAAUUUCUUGUUUAUGUUUUUGGAAAUUUAUCCGUUUUAACGUAACGGUUAAAUAGCAGAGCAGACCUUUUAAGGAUGGUGGCUCCACAUAUAAUCGUAUUUUAUACCAGCACGUGGAAAUAUGUGGUGAAACGAGAUCGUCCAAGUGAAAAUGAUAUACACGACUUUAUGAAGGCACUCCCCACCUUAUCGUCCUACUUAUCUUGUGCAGUGUGUCGAAAACUACUUAAGGGGGAUCCCUUGUUCUCGGUAGAGCUGUGUGACCACUAUGUGUGCAAAGAUUGCAAAGGGCUGGCGAGAGAGGCGAAUCAAAUUUGCGGUAAUUGUCGAGAUUGGGAAGAUUUUUCCGAGGACGAAACGCUUGUAGCACUACUAGCAGGACAUUCUCGAUACUGCCGGAUUUUUCUACGUUCUUCAGAUUGUACCACCCUUUUAGAGAAACAAGAGGCUUCGUUGCCCUCUAUUUCGAAUUCCUUGGUAGUGGAUACGUUUCAAAUUUUGGAUAUUUUACAAGAAGGUGCAAGUAUAGGAGGAGGAAGCAAGAAAUCUAUUAUUAAAUCUGUUAAAGAACCAAGAGUAAAUUCAAGAUUACAUCCAAAAGAUGAUAUUAUUCUUAGUAGUAGUAGUAGUGACAAACAAGAUAGUAAACUGAAAAUAGUUCCAAACAGCGUGGUCAGUUGUAAUAGUUCUUCUGUUAAUAAUAGUGCGAGUAGUUCCUCCAAAUUUAUCCAUAAACCAAUAACAGUUAAAGAAGAGAAACUUGUUCAAGUGAUAUUACAAGAUGUGGAUCAUAACGAUGAUUCGAUUGAUAUCAAAAUUGAACCUGUUUAUCAAAGAAGAGGCGACGAUGAUGAUGAAGAUCAUGAUAUGGAAUCGGAUUCUGAAAAUUCAAAGGAUGCCAAGUGUUUAGAUUACGAAGAAACAAUUAAUGCCGAAAAUGAAAUUGCUGAAGGUAACGAAGAUGACGACGACGAAAUGCCAGCAGAGAUGGAAACGGAUGUAGCAGAGGCGGAAGAACAUCCCGGAGAAAGUAUAAGUACCACGACCACCAAUCCCCAACCCCACACCCAUUCACUUCCUACAUCCAUAGCGUUUUCAAUACCCUCGCCUAGUGGAGGGGCUCCUCAAGUGAUAUAUGCACGAACAACGUCCUCGUUUCCUCAAACAGUUCAAAGAUUAUCGUCCUCUUCUUCACCUUUAAGUCUUUCUGCCACGCCGCCACCACCCGUGAUGCAGUUUUCGCCCAGACUCCACUCUUUCGUCCUGACCAGACCAAUUGCCACUAUUUCCACCAACCCAGGAGCAACAACAACCACACGGACCUUGUCUAGUGGUGAAGUAAGGCUUCAGAGUGGUCAAACGAUACGACUGGCACGAUUAGCGUUGGCAGAUGGUAGACCAGUGACGAUGGUUCGGCAGCUACAAGGUCCUCCAGGGAGUAGUGGAAUUAGACAUAUUACACUUCCAAUCAACACGUCAGAUCUCAUGAACAAAAAGAUAAUCGUUAGGCCUGCCGGAGGUCCAAGCACUUCUGCGACGUCGUCUCAAUUGCAAAGAUGGCCGGAUGCGAAUGCCGUCCUUCAAUAUGCUUCAGGUUCUGGGACCGUCAUUUCUCAAUCUCAGGGACUUCACACCGUUACGAUAUCCCAAUCUCAACCUAUAAUAACAAGACCAGCAGUAGAUACCACUACCACCACUUUGUCUUCGCCUUCGUCUUCUAAUAUUUCUUUUGCCACGACAAAUACUCAGACCAAGCCCAAUACUAAGAUAUACACGGGGGGCGCGGUAACAACGAACCACCUUUACAACAAUGCAAGCAGUAGUGGUAGCAGCAGCAGCAGUACUUCCUCCCCUUCGCCGACUACCACGGCGACUUUUACGGACGCGUCUGGAAAUAUUAUUGGCACCACGAUAAGUUUACCGGAGGCUUUGAGGAAAACGGUGAAUAUUCGAGUUCCUCCCACAAAGAGUAAAACGUCGACGAAAGUUCGUACCGGGUGUAGGUGUGGAAAUGCCGCAUCCCAACCUAGUAAACUAACAUGUUGUGGACAGCGUUGCAUUUGCUAUGUUGACGGGAAAAGUUGUGAUUUGAAGUGUCGUUGUAAAGGCUGCAAUAAUCCUUACAUCCCGGGAGGAAAGAAGCUUAUGCAAGGUUUAAAUGCUGUGAUAGAUACAAAAACCAACCACGCCGUUCCCAUCAUGUCUGCUGGCGGAAGUAGUAUGGCAGCAAGUAGUAGUAUUGGCCAUGGAGGAAAUAUUUCCACCAUGAACUUUGUUGCUGCUGCAUCGUCUAAUUCAAACACGAUUGUUACAACUGCAAUGAGCUCUCCAACCACGAUGAAUUUAGUUCCAAUGAUGGCACAUGGUUCCACCACAACGUCAAUGGCUCCGCAUAUAUUUACGAGAAUUCAUCAUCCUGGAACUUCUGCACAACCAACGACGACAGCAUUCUCGCAAAUCAUACCUGUUGCCAAUUUUACGGGCCAGUUCGGUCAGUUCAUACCUCUUCCGAUAUCCUUGAUAUCUCCUGCCCAUGCCGGACAUACCAUUCAAUCACACUCGGAUACGAUUCAGCUACAAAAUAUCCAGUUGAAUCCGAACCUGAAUUUACAAAACCAGUGAAAAGCUAAUACCUAUAUAUUUAUGUAUCUCUGAGCUCAAACUUUAACCCUUCUCAAGUAUUCAUUUUAUGACCAAUUGACUAAUUUUUUUAAACUUAGUUAAGUGAUAAUAGCAUGUAUUUAAUAUUAAUGAUGAUGAUUCGUUAGUAAUUGUAUGUAACGUGGUAUAUAAAAUGACUGAUAUCAUACAAAGGAGAAUUUAUAACGAGUAUUAGUACAGAUAAUAGAAAACAGCUUUUAUUCAA